AGGGAGCCGGGCGGCACACACAAGGGGGGCAACGUACCUUUUCAGCUCGCACGCGGCAAAGGCACACAGAAGCCAGAGGAAGAGUCAGGAGAAGAGUGGCACAGAGUGAGGAAGAGAGGCAGGAAAGAACUCAGAAGAAAUGGUACGCUCUUUGGAACAAGGGAUCCCUGCCUGGGUCUUUAUGGGCACCCUGGUCCUCUUGAUCAACUCUGUGACAGUCAGAGGAGCUGCCCUGAAGCAGGAGGCCGGGCUGGACAAUGGGGCCACAGUGCUGAAUCACUCCAUGAGUUUGGUGCAGCGCAUGGAGAACCUGCUGGCCAUGGGGAACAGCAGUGAUGUCACUCUCCGGGUGCAGACCAUCAACACUGAUGAAGUGAAGGUGAUCCAGGCCCACAGCCUGGUUCUCACACUGCAGAGUGACGUGUUUGAGGAACUGCUGCUCACUCGCAAUAACAGUCAUAUUGUGCUGAGGGAGACGGUCGACUGUGCAGCCGUCUUUGACAAGUUUGUCAGGUAUCUGUACUGCGGGGAUAUCUCAGUGCGGCUGGAUCAGGCUAUUUCUCUGCACAAGCUGGCCAGCAAGUACCGCGUGUGGAGUUUGCAACAGGGUCUAACCCAAUACAUGACCCAACAUCUUUCAAGUGAUUCCCCCACCGGCCAUGUGAUUGGCUGGUACAACUAUGCUCAACAAAUUGGGGACGUGACCCUGCAAGACAGCUGCCUGCAGUACCUGUCCUGGAACCUGUCAUCCGUGCUCCAGAGCGGGGAAUGGAGCUCCAUCAGUGAAGACCUGCUCCUCUCUCUACUCCAGCGCUCUGACCUCAUUCUGCAAAGUGAGCUGGAGCUCUAUGAGGCCCUGGAGGCCUGGAUUAACCAAAACCAGCCCAUCAGUAAGACAGUAGAAACCGCCCUAAGAGCUGUUCGAUACGGUAUGAUCCCCCCUCAACACCUGUUCCGUCUUCAGAAGCAAUCUGCCCUCAUGCAAAAGCACUACGAGUAUAUUAGAGAUCUUCUCUAUCUAGCUUUCCAGUUUCACUCCGCCUCACCCAUCCAACUGGCCAAAUACUUUGACGUCAACUGCAGUAUUUUCACUCCCCGUAACUACCUCUCCUCCUCCUGGGGUUCCCCUUGGGUCAUCAAUAGCCCAACCCGUGACGACCGCAGCUUCAGCUUCCAGACCCAGCUCGGCCCCAGCGGCCACGACUCGAGCAAGAGGAUAACCUGGAACGCCCUGUUCUCCCCUCGCUGGCUCCCACUCAGUGCCAGGUCAACUUAUACUGAGCUGGGUGCCAUGCAACCUACACGCACCGAUGGAGGUCGACCUCGCAUCAUUGUGACCCCAGCCACGUCUAGUCCAGACUUUGCCGGUGUGAGUUUCCAGAAGACGGUGAUUGUGAUGGCACGACAGCAAGGCAAGGUUGUGGUUCGCCAUGUUUACAACUUCCACCAGAGCACAGAGGAGGCUGGCGAUUUCCUGCUGGAUGCCGACCUGCAGCGCCGUGCAUCAGAGUACCUGAUUGACAGCUCCCUCUAUCUGCACAUUAUAAUAAAACCUCUUUACCAUAGCCUCCUUGUUGCCAGGAAGUGAUGGCAGGAUUCCGGCGUGUCCUUACCAUCGGUUAUCCACUAUUCUACUCGCACAAUCACACACACACAUAUUCCAAAGUAAGCUCAUAUCACAGCACAUGUUUAUGCACCAGGUCUGCGGCACCUCCAUUGUUGAAUAGUUUGUGUAUUUUACUGUCUUCAAACUAUUCAGCAAGGAGGUGAUUAGUUCAAUAAAGGACUCACAAUUCAACGGUUCAGCAGUGAUAAUCUCUAUAACGAUGGUGGGUUUUUCAGUAUUUCUGGUUUACGAAAAAAAAACAAAUAAACUUCAAUGUACUGUAUUUUUUUCAGGUAUUUCAUGCCCAGUAGUUUGUUCCUUGAAUAUGUAAAUGUCUAUCAUGGUUAAUGUGGUUUGCAUAGUUAAUGUAGAGCUCUUUUUUUUAGUCAAAUGUAGGCCUAAUUGUUCUCAAUAUUAUUAAUUUCAGAAUUCACCAGUCAACUAUAGAUUUUAGUAGCUAUAUUUUUAGUUCAUGACACUUAUAGGCUUUAUUCCAUAAAACAUGUGUUUUUUCUUUACAAACCAAGAUGUGUACAAUAAAGGUCAAUCCCUUCAAUGUU